CUUUCUGGCUGAUUCCCGGCAGUGUGCUUCUCUUUCUUCCAUUCUUUCUCUCUUUUAUCUCCUUUUCUUCUUACUUGUGCAUACUAUUCCCUUGUCCUUCCACACGCACAUACAUACACACACCAUGCUCUCUUCAGCCAGAGUUGUGGGCCGUAAGGCUGUUGCGCGUGAGUCACACAUGCGCAUCACCCUGAUCGGUGCAAGACAUGUCUCUGCUUGGUCCAAUGUCCCUGAGGGACCUCCAGAUGCCAUUCUCGGUAUCACAGAGGCCUUCAAGGCGGACAAGUUCCCCGAGAAGAUCAACCUGGGUGUUGGAGCUUACCGUGAUGACAAGGGUAAGCCGUACGUCCUGCCUUCUGUUCGUACUGCGGAGAACAAGGUCGUCUCGUCGAACCUCGACAAGGAAUAUGCCGGCAUCACGGGUAUCCCGACCUUCACCAAGGCUGCUGCUGAGCUUGCCUACGGUGCCGAUUCUCCCGCCAUCAAGGACAACCGUCUUGUCAUUACUCAGUCCAUCUCCGGUACCGGUGCCUUGAGGAUCGGCGCGGCAUUCCUCUCUCGAUUCUAUCCCCACGCCAAGAAGAUCUAUAUUCCCACUCCCAGCUGGGCCAACCACCGCGCUGUCUUCAACGACUCCGGCCUCGAGGUCGCGACGUACCGUUACUACAACAAGGACACCAUCGGUCUGGAUUUUGAUGGUCUCGUUGCCGACCUGAAGGCUGCUCCCAAGAACAGCAUCAUCCUGCUCCACGCUUGCGCACACAACCCCACCGGUGUCGACCCUACUCAGGAGCAAUGGCGCCAGAUCAGCGACGUGGUCAAGGAGAAGGAGCACUUUGCAUUCUUCGAUAUGGCCUACCAGGGCUUUGCCAGUGGUAAUGCCGAUCGCGAUGCUUUCGCUCCCAGACACUUCGUCAAGGAGGGCCACAACAUUGCUCUGUGCCAGAGUUUCGCCAAGAACAUGGGUCUCUACGGUGAGCGUGUGGGCGCCUUUUCCCUGGUGUGCGAAUCCGCCGAGGAGAAGAAGCGCGUCGAGUCGCAGAUCAAGAUCCUCGUUCGCCCCCUCUACUCCAACCCUCCGAUUCACGGUGCCCGCAUCGCAUCCACUAUCCUGAACGACCCGGAGCUGAACAAACAAUGGCUGGGUGAGGUCAAGGGCAUGGCCGACCGUAUCAUUGAGAUGCGUGCCCUUCUGAAGAAGAACCUGGAGGAGCUGGGCAGCAAGCACGACUGGUCCCACAUUACCAACCAGAUCGGCAUGUUCGCCUACACCGGUCUCAAGCCGGAGCAGAUGGAGGCUCUUGCCAAGGAGCACUCCGUCUACGCGACCAAGGACGGCCGUAUCUCCGUGGCGGGGAUCACCACGGGCAAUGUCAAGAGACUUGCCGAGGCCAUCUACAAGAUUACUGGUUAGAGUAGCGGAUUUACGGAUGGCAGAAAAUAACGAAAAAAAAAAAGGGGUGUAGAGACAUGAGCUGAAUAGUAAGCAUGACGAUAAUACGAAGGAAGCCAGAAACGGAAGCAGAUGUCUGUAGACUAGCCCAGCGCAUAAUUGCAUAUUCUUUCCAAAGCCAUUGCUUGUGUUGGUGAUAUGGAGAGGCAUGCGUGAGGUCUGUUGGAUUAGCGUUAUGAACAUGAUGAAUGUAUUCCUGCAAAAACAGAAACCGCAUGCAGGAAGCAAGGCAUGUUUCCACAGUUACAUGCGGUUGAAGGGGCUGUCCACGUGUUCAUUCGGCUCCGAGGUCUGCAGAGUUCUUUAGAGAUUAUUACUAGUAGUAUUACUCCGUAGUUGAGUGAUGAAGUAUCAUCAUCUACUACUCUUGAGUCUACGAGAUAAGAAUCAUAGAAAUCUUGUCUUGACGAGAGAGU